AUUGGUAUAGAAGAAAAUAGUGUUAAAGCAUUUGAAUUAUUUUCAAAGGCAUCAAAAAGUGAUUAUUCGUUAGCUCAAGUUUAUCUUGCCAAAUGUUACAAUGAUGGAUGUGGAACUGAAAAAGAUAAUAUCUUGGCAUUUCAUUGGUAUAAAAAAUCUGUAAAAAAUGGAAGUAAUAUUGGAGAAUUUUAUUUAGGAUACUGCUAUGAAUUUGGAAUUGGAACCCUAAUAGAUAAAAAGAAAUCAGUUGAACUAUAUCGAAAAGCAGCUAAAAAUGGAAAUAUUACAGCAACAAUUUAUCUUGCGGAUUGUUAUAGAUUAGGAAAAGGUGUUGACAAGAAUGAAACUAAAGCAUUUGAGUAUUACAGAAUACUGGCUAAUAAAGAUGUAAUUGAUGCACAAUAUCAACUUGGAAAUUGCUUUUAUCAUGGAAUUGGAACAGAAAUAGAUAAAAAACAAGCUUUUAAUUGGUAUAAAAAAGCAACAAUUAAUGGAAAUUUUUUUGCAAAAGAUAUACUUAAAAUAUAUUUUAGUAAAGAAGAAAGAGUUGAGAUAGACGAACUUAAAGAUACAAAAUUUCCUAAAAUCUUUUCUUCCAAAAGUUUGACUCAAUAUGGAUUAAACUAUCUUGGAAUUAUGUUAUCAAAAACAAAUUAUGAGAAAGCAUUUUAUUAUUUUCAUAAAACAGCUGAAGAUGGAUGUAAAUUUGCAAAAUUUAACUUAGGUGGAUGCUAUCAACUAGGAAAAGGCGUAAAAAAAGAUGAAAGAAAAGCAUAUGAAUUAUACAAUCAAUCAGCCAGCCAAGGAUUUAUAGAUGCAAAGUUAAAUCUGGGUUAUUGUUAUGAGUAUGGAAUUGGGACUGAUAUUAACGAGACGAAAGCAUUUGAAUUAUAUAAAAUAGCUGCAGAAAAUGGAAACGCCAUUGCUUGUUUCAAAUUAGGUUUAUGCUACACGUUAGGAUAUGGAGUUAACAUAGAUAAAAAGAAAGCCCUUCAGCUAUUUAAAAAGGGAAUUGAAAAAAGA